AACUGUGAAUCAAUAGUGACUAAACUAUAAAAUAUAAAAGUAUAGCUGUGAAAGUACGAAAACUAAAAUCUUCUUUGUAGUUAAUUUGUUUUAGAAAAAAAAAGAUAAACCAGCCAGUUACAUUUACGUUUACAUAUGUGUUUAAAUGUAAAACAACUAUUUAACAGUAGAACAUCAACUUCCAAUGAAUUUUGCGGCGGACGAACUAUGGCAAUAAUAUGUCAACCUGACAGGAUGGAUUCCUACUCAUAACCUGGGUGAUCAAAGGCCUAACCGGGUGUUCUAAAACACUAGAACACCAUCAACCAUUUGAGUUUGUAAAUGUAAAGCAACAUUGGAAACAAAGAAAGAUCAAAGUCAACCAACAAGUAGUAUUUAAAACAAAUCAACUUUCACAAAGAGAGAUAAAUGUACUUAACAAAGUCAACCAACAACUAUUUAACACAGUCAACCAAAAGACGAUGACAGAAAACAUAGUCAACCAAAAUAUGUAAAGUUGGAGUAAAUCGGAUCACAAAAUGCCAACUUUGGACUUGAUCGGAUCACAAAAUGCCAUGAGCGCACCUUCAAUCUAUCUAUACAACAACAAGCAUUCUCUUCAUCCCGAGAAAAAUUUCGAAAAACGGUAACAACAUCAUUUUUAUUUACACCUGCGUAAACAACAACGUAAUCGCCCGUAUUGCCAUAAAAAACCCUUAAGCCUCUCCUUAACCCGACAGGAGUAGUCGGAGACAUGUUAUCAAACUGGAGUCUUCGAACCGAUCCGUCCACAAAUUGAUCAACAACAAACCCCUUCCGACUCCUGCGAAUACGAGGACCAUACCCCAAACCCCAACGAGAUGAAGUAUCACGUCACCCGCUACGGCUACGUUUCUCCUCUGUAAGAUCCCGCGAAUCCUAUGGGUUUCAACCGGGUGGCCAUCUUCAUGUUAAACUAAAACGACACCAAGAUUGUGGUCAGGGUUGUUACGAGGCAGCGUUCGAAGGUGAGUAAACCUCAUGAUUAUGCCACGGUGGGCGACAUUGUACGCUUCACAAAAGUUCGAUCGAAAAAUAGACUCUGGAGGGAUCUGCAACUGGACCGUGUUUGUAUGAGAUCUGACAACUGUGAUUUAACUAAAAUCUUAGAGAUUAGAUGGUUUGGUAGAUUCAUGAGUAAAAAGGGUUCGUUUUCCAUUGCUGAAACCCUAGUUGCUUGAAACCACGUAAAAAGAGAAAGGAAACUUAUUAAGUGGAAAUGAGAUGGUAAAAAUAAGGUAAAGAUGUGAAGACAAAGGUGGAAGAUGAUAGAUCAGGGUCAGGUGUCUGUAAAAACAUUACAAUGGAGGAAGAUAAAAGAAGUUGGGUGUUUGGGAAUUGAUUUUAAUAAAAGGAAAUGCUUUUUCUGGUUGGUUCCCCCUCGGGCUCCACUUUCAAAGUUUGAAGAGAUCGUCGAGUAAGUGGUUUCUUUUAAAAUUCUAGAAAUGAUAAUGAAUCUCGAAGUGGGUCAGUUUGGUUAUUCUAAACUGUAUUGUUUUUAACAGGAAGUUUAGAGAGGCUGUGAAGAUAAAACUACCGUUUGAGAUCGUACUAUUGCAGUACGUGUCUGUUUACUAUAUGAUAAUAAUAAUUGCAUUCUUCUUUUUACACAAUUAAACUCAAGUCCCUUCUUGGUUUAGAUGAAUUAGUUCAUUAACGGGUUUAUACUCACAAGGCUUAGGUGCCAAUUGCUAUCGACGUUCAAGACGAACCACAAUGCACUUCGUUACCUCGGACAAUUAAAUCCUAACACAAGACAAGGCAUAAAUACGCAUAUUCAUUUCACAACGUCAAAUUUCAUAUCCCAUUCGACAAUUUGCAAAUUCAAUACAAACGUAAGACAAUCAUCCAAUGUUUCAAAUGCAAUUCAAAUUGUCACAAACCAAGUAUCAAACAAAUAAUAAACCCUAAACCUUACAAAAGUCUACACCGGGGUGAAACCGAGGUGAUUAGCCGCUCAUGGUCAAAAAGACGUGAUCACCGGAUGAUAGAAACUUGAGCUUGAACAUCUUGAAGCUUGAAUGUGAUGGAUAUGGUGGGUUAGGGUUUGUAAUGAAUGGUGAAGGUGAAUGGGUGGAUGGAUCAAUGAUAUGAUUAGGGUUAUGGUGAAGAUGAUGAUUGAUUUAGUUGAUCAUUUGAUGAUUGAUUUAGGAAUGAAAAUGGUUGGUGAAAGGGCUCCAAGAACUUGUUUCAAACUCAAAACUGAUGUGUAACUCCCGUUUGAUGGGUCAAAAGUUGUUUUAAUUCGUCCAAGAUCAAGAAAAAACGAAAAUUCGCGUCAUGGCCCAAAUGAAGCCGUCGCCGACGGCCUGUUAUGGCAUCGGCGACGCACCGUCUUUGUGUGAUUCUCCGGGGACACACUAAUCCGUUGUUUACAACGUUUUGGGGCGACGGCGAUAUUCAAAAGGUGUCGCCGAAGGCCAGGAGUGGCGUCGACGACGGUAUCAGCAUCUAUCACUUACUGUUUUUCCCAAUCCUUGAUCCCGGUUGACCCGUUUCGCGUCAUGGUGGUCCGUUUUUCACCCCGGUGGCCCGUAAAGCUCCCAAAUGGCUCAUUUCAUUAAACCUGCAAAACACAAUUUUUAAUCAAACGUAGGCUAUUCGGAAUUAAAAACUAUGUAAAAACAUCAAUUUAAGCAAAUACGAACACCGGUUUUCGAACACGUAUCAAUGUUUUCGGGCCGAUUCCGUAAUGUAUCGUCUGUGGGUCCAUCUUCUUUCACAAUCUUUAAUAAUAAUCAUGUUUUGGGUUGGCAAUCUUGACAAGAAGGGACUCGAAUGUAAUUGUGUAAAAAGAAGAAUACAAUUAAAAUCCAUUCCCAAACACCCAGCUUCUUCUAUCUUCCUCCAUUGUAAUGUUUUACAGUCACCUUACCUUGAUCUGUCAUCUUCCACCUUUGUCUUCACAUCUUUACGUUAUUUUCCCUAUCUCCUUUCCACUUAAUUAGUUUCCUUUCUCUUUUUUACGUGGUUUCAAGCAACUAGGGUUUCAACAAUGGAAAACAAACCCUUCUUACUCAUGAAUCUACCAAACCAUCUUAUCUCUAAGGUUUUAGUUAAAUCACACUUGUCAGAUCUUGUACAAACACGGUCCAGUUGCAGGUCCCCCCGGAGUCUACUUUUCGAUCGAACUUUUCGUGAAGCGUACAAUGUCGCCCACCGUGGCACCAUCAUGAGGUAUACUCACCUUCGAACGCUGCCCCGUAACAACCCUUUCCACAAUCUUGGUGUCGUUUUAGUUGAGCAUGAAGAUGACCACCCGGUAGAAACCCUUAGGAUUCGCGGGAUCUUACAGCAGAGAAACGUAGCCAUAGCAGGUGACAUGAUGCUUCAUCUCGUUGGGGUUUGGGGUAUUGUCCUCGUAUUCGCAGGAGUCAGAAGGGGUUUGUUGUUGAUCAAUUUGUGGGACGGACCGGUUCGAAGACUCCAGUUUGAUAACAUGUCUCUGACUACUCCUGCCGAGUUGAGGAGAGGGUUAAGGGUUUUUUAUGGCAAUACGGGCGAGUACGUUGUUGUUUACGCGGAUGUAAAUAUAAAUAUAAAUGGUACUGUUACCGUUUUCCGGAAUUUUUCUCAGGAUGAAGAGAAUACUUGUUAUGUGUGCAACUUGGUUAAUAAUCUUGAACCUUUAAAAAUGAUGGAUCCAGGCAGAUUGGUAGUUCCAUUUUAUUCUCCACCGAUUCGAACCGUCAUAUUCUACCAUGAUGGACUACGUGUCUUUGUCAUAGGUCCCCCUAUGUUGGUUCACCCUCCUAAUCCGCCCUUACCACCCGGGAUGGAGCCCGAUGUUACCUUGCUUCACUCGGUAGUUGGCUACACUGCGAUAAUUGAUUUGGUUUUUAGCCAGGAUGAAGAGACUUAUGGGUUAAGGAGAGUAUGCCUCUACGAGUUGAGGGAAGACUUGAGUUCAUGGAGACUGAUUUCUAUAGUCCCUCCUUCUAUGUUGCCAUGAUGUUCCGAUACAAUACAACAAUGCAAACGUGGACCGUCGAAACAAGAUAUAGAUUGAAGGUGCGCUCAUGGCAUUUUGUGAUCCGAUCAAAGUCCAAAGUUGGCAUUUUGUGAUCCGAUCAACUCCAACUUUACAUAUUUUGGUUGACUAUGUUUUCUGUCAUUGUCUUUUGGUUGGCUGUGUUAAAUAAUUGUUGGUUGACUUUGUUAAGUACAUUUAUCUCUCUUUGUGAAGGUUGAUUUGUGUUAAAUACUACUUGUUGGUUGACUUUGA